AAUGCACAGCUAUGAGGAGUAGCAAUGUUCUUCUUUUGUUGUACACACAUCCUUGUUGAGUAAUCGUUUCCCGACAUAUUUUCCUGCUGCUUAGUUUGACCGAUGGAAUCUUACUACAGCCUAACCCCUAUCCAGACUCUCCCCGAUGGAGAGACUCCAAUAGAUCGGAGAAUCUCCAAUAGAUCGUCUAAAACUGCACGCUUGCUUGGCCUGCCCCCGCCCCCUGCAUUCGCCCCUCCGCCACCCCCUCUAGAUUCUGAAGAACCUCCUCCUCCUUCUCCCACUCCUGAUUCUCCUUACUCUUAUGAAUGUGCACGGAAGCCAAAAUUGAUAAUCAAAGCCGAGGCUGAAUUUGACUAUGAAGCGGAGCAAGAAGAUGAACUAAACUUUGUAGAGGGGGAAAUUUUCCUUGUUCUCAACAAGACGAUCUACGACGGAUGGGCUCUAGGAGAAAAAGGUGGAAAGAAAGGAGUAUUUCCGAACAAUUUUGUGAGGUUCUUUGAGGAGGAAGAGGAGCCAGAACAGGAAAAACCUAUUCCAAGAAGAAACAGUGGACUGCCUCCUGGGGUAUCCAAUGGGCCUAUUAAAGCUCCUCCGACUAAAUCUCCUGCUGGACCACCAGCUGGUUUACCGGGUCCACCAACAGGGAAGCCCACUGGACCACCUCCUGAUCUUCCUUCUGGAACAGCCGGCUCUAGACCUCCCAGUAGCAAACCACCUAACAGUGCACCUCCUAGUUCUGCACCUCCUAGUUCUGCACCUCCUAGUUCUGCACCACCUAGUUCUGCACCAACUUCUAGACCAACUUCUAGACCACUUUCAGAAAAUACUGAUCGUUCUGGAAGUGUAGCAGCUAGAGCAGCUUUCAUAGGCGGGGCAUUACACAAGGCUCAGACUGGAGGAACGGCCUCCCUGCCACGCAAUAUGGAUCCUAACGUCGUCAACAACUUCUCGGAAGACAACAACGAAAAUACGAUAUCAAAAGCGCUCACUGCAACAGAACUUCGCAACUAUGCUCUAGAGCACAAGGAAGAGAUUAGACCUCUGAGGAAGGCUAGUUCAGAAGGCACUAGAAGACCUGCCGCUCCUGAGACUGUCAUAUCCCCUGCUGAUGUACGAACCAAAAUAUCCUCGUCAAGACGGAGGGAAUCCGAAAAACAGCUCAAAAAACCUAAUAUAAGUGAUCCUCUGUCACCCUCAUCUCCCCCAACUCCCUCAACUCCAGUCCCUAACAGAAUGUCCUUAGCUCCAGUAGUAGAGCCCCCUAAACCUCCCACUAGUCCAGCUGCUGAGAGGAAGCCUCUUCCACCUCCCCCUGUUGUGACACAGCCUCUUCCACCUCCCCCUAUCGUAAAACAGCCUCUUUCACCUCCACCUGUCGUAAAACCUGCGCGAUCAGCUGACCAGGGCAAUACUGCUCCUCUUUAUACUUUACCUGCUUCUAAACAGUCUCCUCUAGAAGUGUCGGAUCUGGCUGUGUCCGAGGGUUCUGAUGUGUAUAUGUACAUGUCUCUUGAUGAUGAUGUUGCCGGCUUGAAGAGCAGGAUCGAUGUUCUGGAGACUGCAAACAGUAGACUGCAGUUACAAGUUGAGGAGCUUGAGAAAAACAAGUGUUCUCCAGCUACAGAAUCCUCAGUAACUAUGGAGGACAUGUCGGCUAUGAUGACUCGUUUGGAGACAAACGAGGCAGCUAGCACUAAGACAAACAAACUCAUAACUUUAUUACAAAACGACCUGGACGAGGAAAUAAAUACCAGGAAACAGCUGGAGACCGAGGUUAUUAAACUUCGGAGAACUGUUAAACUAAUGCAGGCAUAGAAAACGUGAAAUUUCUCCCUGUCAGGACUCAUUGUGUUCUUCAUUGGUUGAGUUUUCUAAUUCUAUACUAUAUUCUUCUUGGUCUGGCAAAUUAUAAUUGAAUUCUUUGUUCACUCCCCUUGGAUUAUGUUUGCUGCGAAAGGUUGACUCAAAAGGUGACAAUGAUAUGCUAGUCUGUUCCUUUAUCAUCCUGUUUAUACUGUUUAUCUGAUACGCGUUAAUGCAUUCCAUCGAUAAAUACACAAAUAAAAGCAUCGAAGCUAGAAAUGAUAACCAGAGGAAAGUUUUCAUUAUUAGAAGUGAUUUUCUUGAAAGGGUAUCAGCAUUUUUUCUGAUGAUAUGAUAUUCCAUAAAUCGUUGAGCUUAUAAGAGUUAAAAGUUAGAACUGUUAUGUAUAACUGUUAUGUAUAA